CUAACAGUUGAACAACGAGUUAAAUUAAAAAGUGCUAAUUUAGUAUAGGUUAAACAACAAUUUCAAUAAUCUAUGAUGAUAUAAUUCACUCUUGAAGGCUUCAUCAACCAGUUGAUGCCAUGGUUUCCUUCCCUUUCACUAAAUUCCACGCACCUUAGUGUUUUCAUAAAUCGGUCUAACUAUUGACAUAUCGUUCAUAUGCCACCGAAGCGGUGAUUCCACUUUUCUUCCCACAGCCCCUGAAUGCCGCAUGGGAACAACACCCGCCCAUAUUACCUCCCCCUUGUCUGACGUCACUCCAACGGCUAUUGGCAUGAAGUGUUUUCUAGCUGCAGCUUCAACUCGCUUGCAGAACGAGUCUCUCGGAGGGGAAAGCGAGGGAAGAGGCGCAGUGAAAAUAGGAGGAGGAGGGGGGCUCUUGUGCUUCACAUCAGAGCAGCAGCAGGAAAAGACGGCCUGAAAGCGAGGAUAAGCUGUCGGUUAGCAAAAACAGGGGAUACAAAUACAGAAAAGCCGCUACUCUUGUAUCGGAAAAUGGAGCUGCCCGCCGCGGGAGAGCACGUCUUUGCGGUGGAGAGCAUCGAGAAGAAGCGCAGCAGAAAGGGGAGGUUUGAGUACCUGGUCAAGUGGCGAGGAUGGUCUCCAAAAUACAACACAUGGGAACCAGAGGAAAACAUCCUGGACCCAAGACUGCUUGAUGCCUUCCAAGACAGGGAACGCCAAGAGCAGCUGAUGGGAUAUCGCAAGAGAGGACCUAAACCCAAGCACCUUCUGGUUCAGGUUCCUUCAUUUGCACGGAGAUCCAGUCUUCUGGCUGAUCUUCACGAGGCGUCUCUGGACGAGGACAGCUGUCAGAAGACCAGCCCAAUCCAGAUGCUCCGUCCCCAGGGCCAGCAGUACCAGCUGAACAGCAAGAAGCACCACCAGUACCAGCCGCUGUGCCGGGAGCGCGAGGCCGAGCAGCAACAGGCCAAUGGCAAGAAGUUCUACUAUCAGCUUAACAGCAAGAAGCAUCACCCCUACCAGCCAGAACUCAAGGACCACGAGGCCAUAUUUGUUAAACCCAGAGAGUUAAAAGCGCCAGAGUUGGCUAACAAGGGAUACAACCUUCCCCCAGUGCUGCAGCAAAAGUGGGUCAGGGACAAGGACUCCGGCUGCCUGACCAAAGUCAAGGAUAUCACCAUGGAGCUGAAGAAGCUGCCAGUGGACCUCAAUGGCCACAAAGAGCCGGAGAGGGUGAAACCCAAAGAGGAUGAUCUACCGCAGUCUAAUGGUGUCAGCAAUGGCAAGCUAAAGAUCGUGAAGAACAAAAACAAGAACGGGCGGAUUGUUAUAGUCAUGAGCAAGUACAUGGAAAACGGAAUGAAAGCAGCUAAGAUUAAAAAUGGUGAUUCUGAAACCACUGGAAAGCCACCGCUAGGAACUGACAACAGCACGGAGAACCACCUCGAGAAGAUGAAACUCGUCAAGAAGCUCGGCCUCAUGAAUGGAUUUGCAAAAAAACCCAAAGACAAAACAACAAUUCCCAGUUCUGGAUUUAUCGGACGUUGUUCCAAAGAAAAGGAACUGUCCCCCAAAACGGAGCCAACUGUGAUGGAACAGGAUAAACACGUCGAGGUCAGGGGUCAGGGGCAGCAGCCUUUACAAUUGACAACCACGCCUAAUCUGCUCACCCUGCCUUUGGAUAGGGGAGUUCCCUCCCCACUGGACAAAAGAGGAAGCCAAGGUGGAUUUCAAGGACUGAAGCGGCACCUCUCUGACACCGACAGUGAGGUUCAUGGAAGUAGUAAGAAGUUUUUGAGCUCUAGGAGUAUAAGCGCUCCGAACACGGUGUCGUCGCCCACCCAAAGCAUCAGCGUUGACCAAAACGGACACCAGAGUCACAUUGGACUGCAGGACUGUGGGUAUGCAGACCAAGAGGAACCUAUCGACCUGAGCAUUGUCAAGUCCAGGCCCAACGCAGCCCGGCCUGAAACACACACACAACCUCAGACUGUAACACAAGCUGAAGCGCACACACAGGAUGAAACGGACACACAAGCUCAAACGCAAACAGACACGCAGACAGAAACUCAGAGAGAAACUGAAAUAAAUAGAGAAGAGGAGAAUAUAAACUCAAUGUCUGUUUCUGAUGAAAAAAAGACAAAAGAAGAGACAUUUCCCUCUUUCCAGCCUUUCCUUGGGAAUAUAGUGAUCACAGACAUUACUACAAACUGCCUCACAGUCACAUUUAAGGAAUACAUCACAGUGUAAGUGAACUGGGUACCAACUGUACAACUGUAUAAAUGUACAUUAGAUAUAUUUGUAUUUUCGGAUGCUUGUACAAACGGACCCUUGAUGUUGCUUUCACUUUGUAUAGUUUAGAUUUUAAAAAGGAAAAAAAAAAAAAAUCCUUUAUUGCAUUAUUUGCAUAUUUCUUCUUCUAACUCUCUGUUGUUAUUGCUGGAGAUGCAGUAUCUACAUUUCGCUAUUUCAAACUUAGUUUAAAAAGCCAAAUUAGGUCAAAUAAAUGUCUGAUUGAAGAUGUGCUUAACUUGUAAAUACUCACUUUUCUAUGGAUGUAAUUUCAUUAUACACUCAACUGUCUGCAUCUCAGAAAAUGUUAAACAAAUGUAUGGCUAUAUGGAGAGAUUUGUAACAAAAGACAAUUAUUUUGAAACAUGGUAAUUUACACUGUGUGUGUGUGUGUGUGUGUGUGUGUGUGUGUGUGUGCGUGCAGGUGUUAACAGAUGGACAGAUUUAAACAAGGAUGCAUGCUGCUAGGACAGAUUAUGCUAUUAGGCAUGCUUAAACAAGCAGAUAAAGAAAAAAGCGCUUUUCUGUCAAUAAAUGUGAUUUGCAUUGUUGAAAGGGAAAAUAAGGUUUUUAAAUGAAAGAUCAUUGAUGGUUAAUGUUUGAUAUAUGCUCCUUUUUAAGUGUUUUUUGAGUCAUGCGUCUCGAGAUCUGAUACUGAGCACAAGUCACUUCCAAUAAGACAGCAGACAUACAACCCUGGAACUCUAUUUAUUUUAUGUUUAUAGUAGUGCAGUGACAAAAAAGGCCUUCUUUUUUUUCAAUUGAAUCAUAUCUGUCACAAAUCUGUGUUAACACUGACAGUUGAGAUGUGUAAUCCAAUAGAUUAGUACCACCAGCUGGGUGCUCUAUGAUUCCGUUUUUCAUGUUUCUGUUCUCUGCCUCCCUGACAGGUCCAGUCUGGCUACAGUUAUGAAUGGUAUUGAAUGGACUUUUGCAUCAACUUGUUAAUGUGAAAUCACACAUCCUUUUAAUAAUCUGAUCUGUUCCCUUGUGUCAUACAUACCCCCCUUUCCUGUUUUCAAAAUCCCUUCCAGCACUAUGUGAUCUGAGGUGCAUUGAACUGCUCUGAGAACCCAUGACAAGAUGCACUUUGGAUGUUUUGUGUGCAGACUAAAAAAAAUGAAGGCUUCCUAUGAUACAUUUUGCAAUAAUAAAAUAGUUUG